AUGUUACGCGGCGGCGCCUCCAUGCGAGCAGAGCUUUGCCGCCCCUGGGGCCCCGUCUUCCGCGGCAGAGCGGUCGAUGAGACCGUGAUCGACCAGCACCUUGGCGAGCACGUCCCCGACUAUGCAGCCCCUCGCUUGCCCACCCCAUCGAUGAAGGCGCUGGAGGGGGCCGUCCGGCGAGCUAAGUCAUCGGCGCCUGGCCCUGACCGUCUUCCGGCGUCGGCGUGGCCGCUGGACGAGCGGCUCUUACAAGUGCUCUACUCGCUCAUGGUGGGCCUCUUCGCCGGACGCGAGCCGCCGUGGGGGCUCAACUUUUCGGAUCUCGCCUUCGUGCCGAAGGGCGACGAGCUCGCCGACGCGGUUGACGUCCUCUGA